ACAAGCCUUUUAAACCCAGUAGGGGGAGGCGAGAACCUAGAGGAGAGUCGCUUUGGAGAAAAAGGGGGAGUUAGAAAAAGAGAGAGAGGGAGGGAGAGAGAGAGAGAGAGAGAGAGAGAGCGCGUGCGUGACAAGAGGGGUUGAGAGAGGGAGAGGGGACGCUGCUGUUAAUAGAAGAGGAAACGUUUGUCAGGUGGCGAAACAGUGCACAUCCCAGGGACUAUAUCAUUGCCGUUGGAUUUAGCAACCCGGGUAGAUUUUCCCCUCUUUUUUUGUUUUCCCCCUUUUUUGUUUGUUUAAACCUGCGAGGAUGUCUGGACAGAGCAUUACGGACCGGAUAACGGCAGCGCAACACAUUGUUACCGGUUCCGCGGUGUCCAAAACGGUGUGCAAGGCGACCACGCACGAAGUCAUGGGGCCAAAGAAGAAGCAUUUGGAUUAUCUGAUCCAAUGCACCAAUGAGAUGAAUGUGAACAUCCCUCAGCUGGCAGACACGCUGUUUGAGAGAACAACCAACACCAGCUGGGUCGUGGUAUUCAAAUCCCUCAUCACCACACACCACCUGAUGGUCUACGGCAACGAGAGAUUUGUACAAUAUCUGGCCUCCAGGAACACAUUAUUCAACCUCAGUAAUUUUUUGGACAAAAGCGGGUUACAAGGAUAUGACAUGUCCACCUUCAUCCGAAGGUACAGCCGCUACCUGAACGAGAAGGCAGUCUCAUACAGACAAGUGGCUUUUGACUUCACUAAAGUAAAAAGAGGUGCGGAUGGCGUAAUGAGAACUAUGAACACAGAAAAGCUUCUAAAGACCAUCCCUAUCAUCCAAAACCAGAUGGAUGCACUCCUCGACUUCAAUGUAAAUGCCAACGAGCUCACAAACGGGGUCAUUAAUGCAGCGUUCAUGCUUCUGUUUAAAGAUGCCAUCCGUCUGUUCGCGGCCUACAAUGAAGGGAUCAUCAACUUGCUUGAGAAGUAUUUCGACAUGAAGAAAGCACAGUGUAAAGAAGGCCUGGACAUCUAUAAGAAAUUCCUCACUCGAAUGACAAGAAUCUCAGAGUUUCUCAAAGUGGCAGAGCAAGUGGGAAUCGACCGAGGAGACAUACCGGACCUGUCACAGUUUACAGUUUGUGCCCCCAGUAGCCUUCUGGAUGCCCUCGAGCAGCAUUUGGCUUCAUUAGAGGGGAAAAAGGUCAAAGACUCCACAGCUGCCAGCAGAGCCAGUACGCUGUCCAACGCAGUGUCCUCCUUGGCCAACACGGGUAUCUCUUUCACCAAAGCUGACGAGAGGGAAAAGCAGGCUGCUCUGGAGGAGGAGCAGGCCCGAUUAAAAGCACUUAAGGAGCAGCGGCUGAAGGAACUGUCCAAGAAACCUUCCACAACCUCCACGACUGCUGCAUCUCCAGUUUCCACCGAGACGGGGUCCAUCAGUACCGUUCCGGCCAUUGACUUGUUCUCCGCAACCAGUACCUUUGCUAACAGCACUCCAAAGGUGCCGAACGAUCUGUUGGACCUGCAGCCUGCGUUCCAGCCCUCCCUGCCUCUCUCCAGCGGCCUGCCUUUAGCCAACACAUGGGGAGAUCCUUUCACGUCUACAGAGGCCGCCGACGACUCCAUUCCAAACUUAAAUCCUUUCCUUACAAAGCCAGUUGUUGAUCCUGUUCAUCUGCCUGUUGUGUCUUCAGAUGCUGUUAGUUUUUCCUCUAGGACGCCCAGUCAUGAAAUGUUCGGUGAUAAUUACAAUCCCUUUAUUGAUUCAAGCUCUUCUGUUGCGUCCCCUGUCGAGCCCCCUGUUGGGAUGGGCUGCUUCCUCUCAGACUCGUUCUGCUCUCCGACCGCGUAUCCUAACACUCCUCUCUUCCACUCUGAGCCCUCCACUGUAGCUGGACUAUUUGGAGGGUUCUCUGCACCUCCCGCCGCUCAGCCUCCCAGUUCCACAGGCCUUAAUGUCGACUUUGACUCCGUGUUCGGCAAUAAGUCGGUCGCCAACAGCACAGACUCUGCUGAUGAUAUUUUAGGUGGCAUCCUGAAACCCACAGUGACCUCUCCUAACCAGGGUCUGACGCCCAGUGCCCAACUCUCUGGCAAACUGGUCUCCGAUGACUUGGAUUCUUCACUGGCCAACCUAGUGGGCAAUCUCGGUAUUGGAAACGGAACAGCAAAAAAUGACAUCCACUGGAGUCAACCUGGAGAGAAGAAGUUAACAGGAGGAAUGAACUGGCAACCAAAGACGGCUCCUACCACUACAUGGAAUCCUGCCACCAUGAAUGGCAUGCUUUUCCCACAAUACGCUCCCUCAGUGAUGGCCUUCCCUGCCACGACGCCCACAGGAAUGAUGGGAUACGCGAUGCCUCCUCAAAUGGGCUCCAUGGCCAUGAUGACUCAGCCCACAAUGAUGUACACACAACCUGUGAUGCGGCCUGCCAAUCCCUUUGGCCCAGUGUCAGGGGCACAGCUCUCUACAGCCUCUAGUCCUUCCAGUUCAAGUCCUCUCAGAGCUCCAGGACAGGACCCUUUUGCACAGCUGUCUAUGAAGGAUUUCCUUUAGAUCGUCUUUAGAUGCAGUUCAUGUAGGAGGGUGGACGCUUCCCAAGGAUGAAUUAUAUGGCAAAUCUCAAACCUUUAAUCUCUCUCCAGUUGGCUGUUGUACUCUUGACAGAGACACACUUGUACAGGAAUCAGAGGGACGGGUGGGAAGGGCAUUAUGGAAUAUGAUGGGUGGGGUUGGGAGGGCUACGACUCUGUUUCCCAGACAUGGAGGACUCAGCGCUCAUUUUGUACUUUGUGUAACGCAGUAACCGAUAUCAAACUGAUCUGCGUCUGUAACGAAAAACAAGAGUGUUGAAAGAGUGUGAGUGCCAGAAUGUGGUGGGUUUUCAUGCAAUCACGGCUUCACUUCCCUUUUUUUUGUCCAUGAAAUGGCGAAACAAGGGAUCGGGGAGGGAUUUGUGGGUUGGAGUUCUGUCUUUAUCCGGUCAUCAAUCAAGCAUUACCUGAUUUAACGAUCACCAAUUAGAUAUUCUAACAUCCGUUUUACCACAAUUUCUACUUUAUUUUUUUAUGUUGAAGUUUGCAGUAGACAUUCCUUGUGUAUUGUCUUGUAUUUAUUUAUGAUUUACCCACUGAGGACAUGAAAGAAAUGAUAUUUUUUUCUCUUUUUUUUUUUUUUUUUUUCUUGAGAUCUUCCUUACGGGAGGUGUUUUGAAUUAUGCAUUUAUAUGGGUAUGAUUGGUUGUAUAAUUCGGAUUUUGAGUGACUGAAUUAUGAAAAAAAAAUAUAUAUAAUAUAAAAACGGGGGGAAAUGGACACCUAUAAACUGACUGAUACAGCACUAAGUAUUCUCAGAAGCAGUUGUAUGUCUAGUGCAAUUUCUUUGUAGCUCAAAUGCUCACCGGCCUCCAUUCGUAAAGGACAUAGGGUGAAAUAUACCAAUCAUUACGCCACAUAGUCAGUUCUGUGCCCCAGGGGGUUUUGGGUGGGUUUUUGUGAGGGAGCAUUUAGCAGAGCACUACAUUUGUGAUUCAGCGCCAUUGCAUUUGGGGACGAUCUGUACUGCUUUCUGCUUGGCAUGUCAUUAUUUUACAUUUGACAGUUAUAUGGCUGCCUUUUCGACCUGAAUGUGCAGAUUCGCCUUCAUUUUCGGGCCGUCCUGGAGAAAGAAGAGUUGCGUGUGUGUGUUUGUGGGUGCGUGUGUGUGGAUAUGAAUGAGAAACGCAGGUGUCAGGAUGGGGUCGGUAGUGUUUAGGUGUAGGCCCUGUAGACAGAAAGGGGGCGCUGUUGAUCAGUGCUCUGUGUACAUAACGCCGACCCUGUCCAGUAGGGAAGAACACAAAGGACGGUCCAAAUAUGAGAGCGAUUCUAUCCAUUGAUUUAGCAUAUUUACUGCAUCAUCCCUGCAGAUUCUAUUUUGUUUAUAUGACAAAAAAAUGAAGCAGAAUUUGGGUGAUUUACAAAUAAAAGUGCAGCUUCCAC